GGUGACACACACACAACAACUUGACGUCAUAACAAAAUGGCAGCCUACUUGAGCCGGUUGCACCACAUUUCACUCCACGUUACAAACGUGGAUAAAAUAGCGUAUGAACUUGUUAAUAAUUUUAAGUUUAAUUUAUUUGUUGCGAGGCUGACGGAGAAGUCAAAACAGUUGGCUUUCAGAAAAGGAGCGGCAGUUUUCGUCGUCAAUGAAAGACCAAACAAGUCCCCUCUUGAAUUGAAUGGAGUAACGCUAUCGAGCAAGAGAGGGAUUUCUCCUUCAGAAUCGGAACCGGGAUGGACUAACAACAUUCGAACGGGGAAAAAGAACGACAAGGAUCCGAAUUGUCUUUACGAUGUCCACCCACACUAUUCCGUCGAUACCGCGUCUAACGUCUGUUUCGAAGUAGAAGAUGUGGAAAGGUCAUUCAAGUCCCUUCGCAACAUUGGCUGCGAAUUCCUGGUGCCGCCGACGGAGGUGUGUGACGAGAACGGGCUUGUCACCUAUUCAGUCGUCAAAUCAAUCAUGGGAAAUGUGAACCACACGCUCAUUGACACGAGUAAAUAUAAGGGCAGCUUCUUACCCGGGUUUCAGGAGGUUGAAAACGUAACGAAAAACGACACACCCGUGGCUAAGAGUACAGAGWCUUGUCCAAUCACUCAUUUUGAUCACAUCACCUAUGCUUGUUCGAGACGGUGGACACCGCAAGUGAUGAGGUGGUAUGAGCGUCACUUUGGCUUCCAGAGGUUCUUCAUUGACAGUAAUGAGGAUGUGGAUGAGGGCUAUGUUCUGAACAAGGAGGGGAUCGGACUGCGUCUCACAGCCAUGGAGUACUGGAAAUGCAGCGAAAYRGGAAUCRCGCUUCCCUUCACMGAUGACAAACAACCCGACUGCAAGUUUGUCAUCGCAGAGUCGCUGCCCGAACAAGGCAGGAACCAGGUGGACACCUUCCUGGAGCAGCACGGAGGACCAGGGAUCCAGCACAUUGGAUUGUACACACAGGACAUAGUGUCCACAGCACAGACCAUGGGCCAGGCAGGAGUCCACUUCUUCUCUCCGCCACCUGCCUACUACACGGAGGUGGGUAAGCAGCAGGAGAUGGAGGACGCAGGUUACGACCCCCAGAUGCUGUCUCAGCACGGCAUCCUCCUGGACACAGACCUGCGCCAGGCCCAGACUGACCCCUCCUGUCAGACUACGGACACAAAGAAGAAAAGAUACCUGCUCCAGGUGUUCACCAAGCCCAUCUCAGAGGACACUUUUCUCCUGGAGCUAAUAGAGAGGAGAGGUGCGUCAGGGCGCGAGGGGAACAUCCAAGCCCUGUGGAGGUGUGUCCAGGCAUACAUGGACACAGAGAGGGCAGAGACUGAGCACAAGGAGAGAACACAUCUCAACCACAGAACGUAA